AUGCAUCAGUCUAUUCCACCCGAAAUCCAAGACCUCAUUCUGGAAGCCGCAGGUGGAUCCCAAUAUCCCGUUCUUCGGCUUGUCUGCAAGCGUUGGAACAUUAGCAUAACAAGGAUAUUCCAAAAGAAAUACAGAGCACUCCCCAACACCGAUGACGCGGAAAUCAAAAAAUACUUCGGUAAAUCGCACAAAGCGCCCGGCCCAGAGCUGACACCAUUCUUGCUCCACGAAGCGAUAUGCGAUUUCACUGGUUAUGUCCGUACUAGCCAAGACUGGAGCGGUAUAACUGAGAAUAUUUACCCAAUCGAUAUAAACUUCGGCCCAGAAGACGACCCAGAUGUCGUCGCAGAAACCCUCAGACUUUACGAAUGUGGCAAUGACCCUGUCAUUAUAGCAGACGCUAACAGGACCGACGCACUUCGCUACCCCGUCUACAUUGGAUGGGCCCUAUCCGAUCCGGAAUCUGUCGCCCUGGCGGCCCUAGGUGGAGGUAGUGGACAUUCUUUUCUCGCGACUAAAAAUGCUACCCGAACCCCAGGUCCCGAUUACGAUACCACGAAUCUUCUCAACCCCCGAAAAAUCAUGAAGAUUCGCGAUUUUGUAAGCUUGUACGUACAGUAUACGAGGCACAGUCGGGGUUAUCCUCCACUGGCAGCGAAAGGCGGAAAAUUCGUUGUACAUACUGGGAUGUGGGCCCCAUUCUACGCGGACGCUACUCCCGAAACGAUGGAAUCGGUCAAAUACAUCAAGAUCAAUAUAGUUCAUAUGGGGAAGCCUUGA